CGUCGGUCGUCUCCGCUCCCGGCUACAAAUACCGGUCCCCCCUCUCCGUCCGUUCCGCCCGCCAUUUCUGCCCCCGGAACCGACGCGCACGGCUCUCUCGGCUCCCAUCCGCUCCAAGAACAGCAAGCGGCCGGCAAGCAAGCGCGCACGAUCUUCUUCUUCGACGUCUCGGUUUCGAACUUUCGAUUCGUAGUACGACGGCCAUGGCGAGGUCGGCGACGGUGAUGGUGCUCGCGGCGGCGCUCGCCGUCCUCCUCCUGGCGUCGUCGUCAGCCCCCGUGGCCAGCGCCGGCCGGGCCGACCCGGCGGCGGCGGUCGUCUCCCAUGGCCAUCAGGCGCAGGGAUCGACGGCGGCUGGGGAACGCGGGUGCGAGGGGGCGAACGACGAGGACGAGUGCAUGAUGAGGCGCACGCUGGCGGCGCACACCGACUACAUCUACACCCAGGAGCAUCACAACUAGCUAGUUUAAUCCUAGUUGGUGAUCGUAGUAACUUGUAGUAUGCAUAUGCAUGUGUUCAUGUUCUCUCUGUUGUGUGUGAACCCAGUGCAUGGCGCGUUACAUGUAUGCGUUUGAUAAAACAGUUUGAACAAUAGGCUUCCAUGCCAUUGCGAUCGAUCCAUCCUCCAGGUUUUGAUUAGUUCUGCGACUGUUUGUAUGCCCGGAA